AUGGGUAAAGUGGCCAAUGCAAGAUCAAGGAAACAAAGGCAUGACCCUCUUUUGAAGGAUCUCGACUCCGUACAAGGUACUUUGAGAAAGGCCCAUGGCAAAACAACUUCAAAGAGGGAGGAUGAUGCUGAUGAGCAUGAAGAGUUUAUAGAUUCCAAUACAUCUAGAAAAAUUUUGCAGCUGGCGAAGCAGCAGCAGGAUGAAAUUGCUGUUGAAGAGGAUAAACAGCUACAAGAAGCUAAAAAUAAUUCUGCUAGAUUCAAGUCCAUGCAAUAUCAUGAUGGCUCUGGUGAAGAGGAAGAGGAAGAUGAAGAUGAGGAUGGAAACUCAGGGAACAUUUCUGAUUUUGACGAGUAUCAUGGAGAGGGAGUAGAAAAUGAAGAGGAAGAAAUCGUAGAAAUAGAUGAAGAAGAUAAUGCGAUGUUUGAACAAUAUUUCAAGGGCUCGGGCGACUAUAAUGCCUCGAGUGGUAGUUACAAUCUUGCAGAUAAAAUCAUGGCUUCUAUCAAAGAGAAGGAAAUGGAACAUGAUGAUGAAAUAAACGAAUCAGCAGGUAAUGUGCCGCAGCAGCCGGAGGAAGACCUUCGUGAAAAGGCAAUGAGAGGAGAGGGUGUUGCUUUGCCUGAAAAGGUUAUUAGAGCUUACACCACAAUCGGUACCAUCUUAUCGACAUGGACACACGGUAAGCUACCCAAACUUUUCAAAGUUAUUCCUUCUUUGAGGAACUGGCAAGAUGUGCUCUACGUGACUUUCCCGGAACAAUGGUCCCCUCAUGUGGUCUAUGAAGCAACAAAGCUCUUCGUUUCUAAUAUGUCGGCCAAAGAAUCUCAGAAAUUUGUUACUUUAAUUUUGUACGAGAGAUUCCGUGAAGAAAUUGAGAGAAGUCAAGAUCAUUCUUUAAAUUACCAUGUCUACCGUGCAUUGAAAAAAUCCCUUUAUAAGCCAAGUGCAUUUUUCAAAGGUUUCCUGUUUCCUUUAGCCGAGUCGGGUUGCAAUGUUCGUGAAGCUACCAUCGCAGGAAGUAUCCUCGCAAAAGUAUCAAUUCCCGUCCUACAUUCGUCUGCUGCAUUAAGUUAUUUACUGAGGUUACCAUUUUCACCCUCCACGGCUGUGUUUAUCAGAGUUCUCUUGGACAAAAAGUAUGCAUUGCCCUACCAGACUGUUGACGAAUGUGUCUACUAUUUUAUGAGAUUUAGAGUUCUCGAAGAUGGUAGUAACUAUGAGGAUGCCACAAGGACACUGCCUGUCGUAUGGCAUAAGGCAUUUUUAACAUUUGCACAGCGUUACAAAAACGAUAUCACGCAAGAUCAAAGAGACUUCCUGUUGGAAACUGUACGCCAAAAAGGGCACAAAGACAUUGGUCCUGAAAUCAGGCGGGAGCUAUUAGCUGGUGCAAGUAGAGAAUUCGUCGAUCCAAGUGUUGAAAAUAAUGACUUGAUGAUUGAUAUAAAAUAA